CAAAGAGGAAUUUUUGUGAGCUGUUCAGUUGGAAACUCUGGUCCUUCCUAUUCUACUUCAUCAAAUGAGGCUCCAUGGAUUCUCACCGUCGGCGCAAGCACAAUUGACAGAAACAUCAGAGCAACAGCACGGCUUGGGAACAAGAAAGUGUACAAUGGCGAAUCUCUGUUCCAGCCUAACAAUUUUAACUCAAAAAUUAUGCUACCUCUUGUUGACGCAGGCUCACUUGGAAACCAAACAUCAGCUUUUUGCGACGCAGGAACUCUUAAAAAUGUUAAAGGGAAAAUAGUUUUAUGUGAGAGAGGUGGAGCAGGUGGAAGAAUUGACAAAGGAGCAGAAGUAAAAAGAGCUGGUGGAGCUGCCAUGAUUCUCAUGAACCAAAGGAUUGAUGGCUUUAGCACAUUAGCUGACCCUCAUCUGCUACCCACAGCACAUGUGAGUUAUGAUGCAGGGUUGAAAAUCAAGUUCUAUAUAAAGUCAACCACAAAGCCUACAGCCACAAUUUUGUUCAAAGGCACUGUUAUUGGAGAUAAACAUGCUCCGAGUGUUGCUUCCUUUUCGUCAAGAGGACCGAGCACUGCAAGCCCCGGGAUUUUGAAACCGGACAUCACUGGUCCCGGUGUUAGCAUCCUGGCAACAUGGCCUGUUUCAGUGGACAAUGCCACAAAAUCUAAGGCAACAUUUAACAUAAUUUCAGGUACCUCAAUGUCAUGCCCUCACCUAAGUGGCAUUGCAGCCUUGCUCAAGGGCUCACACCCUGACUGGUCACCCGCUGCUAUCAAAUCAGCAAUCAUGACAACCGCUGAUGUACAUAACCUCGGAGGUAAGUCCAUUGUUGAUCAAACACUCAAGGCAGCAGACCUUUUUGCAAUAGGUGCAGGUCAUGUUAACCCUUCAAAAGCAAAUGACCCAGGGCUAGUCUACGACACGCAACCGAAGAAUUACAUCCAAUAUCUGUGUGGUUUGAAUUACACAGACAAACAGAUACAGAUCAUAACCCAACAAACAGUGGAUUGCUCCAAAAUUGGAGCCAUACCAGAAGCACAGCUAAACUACCCUUCAUUUUCUAUUAUAGUUGGCUCCAAUAAAAAGACUAAGUCUCAGCUUUAUACAAGGACAGUGAAGAAUGUUGGGCAGGCAAAUUCAACUUACAAGUUGGAUAUUUUAGCACCAAAUAAAGUGGAUGUGAAUGUGAGCCCUGAGGUGCUUAAAUUCACAAAGGUUAAGCAGACUAUUACAUAUCGGGUGAAGUUUGUUGCACAAGAGGGUGCUGGGAAGGAU